AAUGAUAAAAAUGAUUGUUGAAAUCAUCUAUUUGCUGAGAAGCAAUGAAAUAUUUGUGAAAAAUGAUGUCUUUGUUACCCUGUAUUUCUGACUGGGAUUUUGAAAAGAACUCAUGGCUCUGGUGCAAGCUUUUAAGUUGGAUAUAUUCUGUAAAAGGGUAUUUGAAAAUUUGUCGAUUAUCAGGUUGGGUGGAAGAAGGCUCGACAAAGUAUCCUGGUAAUGAAGGGAAAAGAAGCAGUGUUUCAGAGAAAUUUGAUGAUUCUGGCACACUUACUAAUAUAUCUCGACAUGCUGUGGGGAGACUUUUGAAACGAGUCAAAUCAUGUGGUUCACGAGGCUUGAGUAAAGAAGAUGACGGUUACCUACGUCCAUGUGAUUCCACAGGCAUGCUGGAGAGUGAGUCAGAAAAGAACAGCAAGCUAUGCUUUAACAGAACUGACAGAGUUGAAGAUGGAUAUUUUAGUGGAAAUGUGAUUACAAACACUCCAUCGGAGUCUGGCGCAAGGGAUGGUCUUGAUGAAUCAGAAUGGGAAGAAGGAUCACUUCCUACUGAAGCUUUGACAAAGAGUAAUGAAGAACAAACAAUUGGUGGGGUAACAGUUGAAUUUGAUAUUACACCUGAUUCUGUUAAAAAGAAGUCCAUACGUCGAGCAACUGCUGAAGAAAAGGAAUUGUCUGAGCUAGUGCACAAGGUUAAUCUGCUUUGUUUAUUGGGUAGGGGACGAUCAUUUGAUAGUGCUUGCAAUGAUCCUCUCAUUCAGGCUUCGUUGCUUUCACUUCUGCCAGCUCGCUUGCUUAAGAUCACAGAGGUUCCAAAACUGACAGCAAAAGCUUUGGCUCCGCUUUUUGAUUGGUUUCAUAAUAAUUUCCAUGUUAGAGGUCCUGGGAGUACUGAGAAACCACCUCAUUUAGCUUUAGCAUCUACCCUUGAGGCUCAGGAAGGGACUGCAGAAGAGGUUGCUGCCUUAUCUGUCGCAUUAUUUCGGGCGUUGAAUCUUACAGUUAGGUUCGUGGCUAUUCUGGAUGUGGUCUCUCUGAAGCCUGAAGUAGACAGACCAGAGUGCAAUAGUCAGGUUACAGGAAAGGUAGGUGGUGGGAUAUUCAACUCCUCUACGUUGAUGGUGUCUGGAUCAGGUCAUCAGUCUGUUUCUCCCCCCUUAACCACUCCGGCAUCUGAUGAAAAGGACGAUGGUUGCCUAACAUCUGCUGGGGGUAAAAGCAGAGUAAAAGCUAGGAAGGUGCUGGAGAACAGUUUUGAAUCUAAAGAUAUGUCUGGUGUUAACUUAAAGGCUAGAAUGGCAGAACCAUCAACUUCCAAAUGUCAAGAUGCUGACUCUCAUGCAUGUUUAGCCGCAAAAUCAGACAGACCAAAGAGGAAAGGAGAUCUUGAAUUUGAAAUGCAAUUGGAAAUGGCUCUCUCUGCUACAGCAAUCGAAAAUUCGAAAGCUAUUAUGAACUCAGAUUUGGUGGAUGUAUGUGGCACCAAUUCAAAACAAUUCCCUCCUGCAAAAAAAAUGAAGGUAGUUGGAGCAGAAGGAUCUUCUGUUUCUCCCCAUGGAAUGUCGACGGCGAUUGGGUCAAGAAAAGUAGGGGCUCCUCUCUACUGGGCAGAAGUGUACUGUUCUGGAGAGAACUUGACAGGAAAAUGGGUGCAUGUUGAUGCUGUCAAUGCAAUUAUUGAUGGAGAGCAAAAAGUGGAAGUAGCAGUUGCUGCAUGCAGAAAGUCUUUAAGAUAUGUAGUUGCCUUUGCAGGAAAUGGGGCUAAAGAUGUGACCCGCAGGUAUUGUACAAGGUGGUACAAGAUAGAAUCACAACGCAUCAACGCAAUUUGGUGGGAUGCUGUAUUGGCACCGUUGAAGGAUUUGGAGUCACGAGCAACUGGUGGUGUUGUUCACUCGCACCAGGAAGCCUCAACCACAGAGAAAAUAGGGACUUUGGAAGGAGCUGAUAAUCAAAUUAAAGAUUGCUUACCGGACAGUUUUCUGAUGAAUGGGAAGUCAAAAAAAGAAAAUUGUGAGGAUUAUUCAGUUCAAAAGUCUGUGAAUAAUUCUUUUUCCGCUACAAGAAGCUCUCUGGAAGAUAUGGAGUUGGAAACUAGGGCUUUGACUGAACCUCUUCCAACCAAUCAGCAGGCCUACAGAAAUCAUCAAUUGUAUGCCAUUGAGAGAUGGCUCAACAAGUAUCAAAUUUUACAUCCAAAGGGUCCUAUACUGGGAUUUUGCUCUGGUCAUCCAGUUUACCCCCGAACUUGUGUCCAGACACUUCACACAAAAGAGAGAUGGAUGCGAGAGGGACUCCAAGUGAAAGCUGAUGAACUCCCUGCAAAAACUUUGAAACGUUCUCCGAAGCAAAGCAAAGAGCAAGCUGGUGAAGACGAUGAGAUUGGUGAGGGGGAUCACCUUGCGCUAUAUGGGAAGUGGCAGACAGAACCACUGUGUCUUCCUCAUGCUGUAGGCGGAAUUGUUCCCAAGAAUGAGCGUGGUCAAGUGGAUGUUUGGUCUGAGAAGUGUCUUCCACCUGGAACCAUCCAUUUGAGGUUGCCAAGGGUCACACUGGUUGCAAAAAGAUUGGAAAUUGAUUUUGCACCUGCAAUGGUUGGGUUUGAGUUCCGGAAUGGUAGGUCUGUACCUGUAUUUGAGGGCAUUGUGGUGUGUGCUGAAUUCAAGGAUGCAAUUCUCGAGGCAUAUGAAGAAGAAGAAGAGAGAAGAGUGGCCGAAGAAAAAAGGAGGAAUGAAGCACAAGCUCUUUCCAGGUGGUAUCAACUGCUGUCCUCCAUUAUCACCAGGCAAAGGUUGAACAACUGCUAUGGAAAUGGCACGUCACAGGAGGCCUCUGUUGGCAUCCAAAAACCAGAUGAUACACUAUCUGCUGAGGCAGGUUGUAAAGAGGAUAGCAGGAAAUCUGGUGGAUGCCACCAGGAUAAGUUGAAGGAUAAUCAGCCCACUAGUCCACAAUCUGUACCCACAGAAGAUCAUGAACAUGUCUUCUUGUUGGAUGAUGAGAUGUUUGAUGAAGAGAGUUCAACACGAACAAAGCGAUGUAAAUGUGGAUUUUCAAUCCAGUUUGAGGAAUUGUAGAUCAUGUGUAUGCUAUUCUCGCUGUAACUUUUGCAGUGUAAUCGUAAUUUACAUUGCCUGUAAUAUUACUAAUGCUUGUAUGGCAGGUUGGAUGGCCUCGGUAGAUUUAGAGGGCAACGUAAAAGGAUAUGUAACAUUUGUACCAAGAUAUAAAUAGCUUUUGCAUCCCUCGGCCA